AUGUUAUCAACAAACUGGGUAAUCCUCGAUUUGGACGGUAGACUCAGCAUCUUCCAGUUCUGUGGUAUUGCCCAGAAGUCAGUCAUGCUUCCCGUGCAGCUGCAGCCCACGGUGCCAAGGAGCUGCCUGGCGCCGCCGGCCCACGGGCCUGAUCCCUGCACCAUCCCCGUGGACGCCGCGGAGCCGCCGGAGGCGCCGCCGGAGGCCGCCGAGGACCUGAGGGAUGAGGUGCUGCAGUUCAACACCAACUGCCCCGAGUGCAACGCGCCGGCUGCCACCAACAUGAAGCUCGUGCAAAUCCCCCACUUCAAGGAGGUGAUCAUCAUGGCCACCACGUGCGACUCGUGCGGGCACCGCACCAACGAGGUGAARUCGGGCGGCGCCAUCGAGGCGCAGGGCACGCGGAUCACGCUGCGCAUCACGGACGCCUCGGACAUGACGCGCGACGUGCUCAAGUCGGAGACGUGCAGCGUGGAGAUUCCCGAGCUGGACUUCGAGCUGGGCAUGGGCGCGCUCGGCGGCAAGUUCACCACGCUGGAGGGGCUGCUCAGGGACAUCAAGGAGCUGGUGGAGCGGAACCCCUUCGAGCUGGGCGACAGCGGCGCGCCCGGCCGCGGCGAGAAGCUGCGCGCGUUCGGCGCCCGGCUGCUCGACAUCAUUGAGGGCAGGAUGGAGGCGCACUUCAUCAUGGACGACCCCGCGGGCAACAGCUACCUGCAGGGAUCCUCCUAG